UCGCUGUUUGGACAUGUGACACCAGAGAUGGCAGCCUGUACCCGAAACAGAGAUGGUGAUGACAGCAUCCUGGAGCCUCUGAGUUUCCCGGAGCAGCCGCCUGAUGCUCCCGGUGUCCCCGGUGAGGAGCUGCUGGUCUGUCUCUUCUGUCCCGACUCAGAGAGACAGAAAGACGUCCUCCUCAAACACCUGCUGCUGGAGCACAAGCUGGUCAUCGCAGACGUCAAACUCAUCGCUGACCUCCCAAAGUACUUGGUGUUCUGGAGAGGACGGUUCCUGGAACAGCCCAUCACAGAUUUCUGCAGCGUCAUCAAAACUAACUCCACCGGCCCCAUAGAGAAGCAGGAGGACUACUUCCUGCUGUGUGACGUCCUCCCAGAGGAUCGAGUCCUCAGAGAGAAGCUGCAGCAGAAACGCCUGGAGGAGGUGUUGGAGCAGCAGCAGCAGGAGAGAGAGGACAGAAGCUUCCAGCGCGUCUGCAUGUUCUGCAGCGACGAGUUCUCCGGAAACAGAUCGUCUCUGCUGAACCACAUGGCCAGAGAACACUCGUUCAGCAUCGGUCUGCCCGACAACAUCGUUUACUGCAACCAGUUCCUGGACGCGCUGCAGGGGAAGCUGGACAAUCUGCAGUGUUUGUAUUGUGAGAAAACCUUCAGAGAUAAAACCACGCUGAAGGAUCACAUGAGGAAGAAAGCUCACCGCCGCAUCAACGCCAACAACAGCGAGUACGACCGAUACUACAUCAUCAACUACCUGGAGCUGGGGAAAACGUGGGAGGAGGUUCAGAGCGAAGACGACCGUGAGAUAGUGGACGAUGGAGACGAUGAUUGGUCGGACUGGCAGUCUCAUCCCGUCUCAGCUGUUUGUCUCUUCUGCGAACAUCAGUCAGAAACUAUGGACCAGAUCUACACACACAUGAAGGAGGCUCAUGGCUUUGAUCUCCACGAGCUGAGGACGGAGCUCAGUCUGCGUUUCUACGACCAGGUGAAGCUGGUGAACUUCCUCCGCCGUCAGCUCCAUCAGAGCCGCUGCUACGGCUGCCAGGAAACGUUCAGCUGCAGACAGGAAGUCCUCCGACACCUGAAGGAGGCGGGACAUGUGAUGCAGCUUCCUCACAAGUCCACCUGGAACCAGCCUCAGUAUUACUUCCCCACGUAUGAGAACGACGCCCUCCUCUGCACGCUGUCUGACGGCGAUGAAGACGACCGUAACGUCAGCGAAGAUGUCCCGGUGAUCUCAGAGGACGUUUCCAACCUUCGAGCUUUGAAACAGAACUCCGUCCUCAAAUCGAUGCUGAAGAGCCGAGGGUCCUGCAGGUAGAAGACUUCCUGUUCCUGGACGAAUCUUCCUCCUCCUCAUCCUCUGUAAAGAAACUCUAAUAAUCAAAGCCAUGCUGCUUCCCUGAACACUUCAAAUCUCUAUUUUCAGAAGUGAAGUUCAACCUUUUUCCAGCAGGGGGCGUCACACUCAAAUCCCACAAGAGCUUGCAAAGAAUAUACAAUAGUUGAAUAUUUGCUUUGAAUGAUUUGCCCCAGCCUUCUGCUUUCAGACGUAGUUCAUUAUGAAGUUACCAGAACUGAUAAUAAUCCAAUGCAGAGCCAAUAAU